AUGGCAACCACAAUCUGCUUCAUCAUCUGGGUGUUAUUCGUAACAGAUACGGUGUGGACUCGAAGUGUGAGACAGGUCUAUGAGGCAAGUGAUCCAGAGGACUGGACAAUGCAUGAUUUCGAUUGUCCCAGGGAAUGUUUCUGUCCCCCCAGUUUCCCUACUGCUUUGUACUGUGAAAACCGAGGCCUCAAAGAAAUCCCUGCUAUACCAUCAAGGAUCCGGUACCUUUACCUUGAAAACAACCUGAUAGAAACCAUUCCUGAGAAGCCAUUUGAGAAUGCCACCCAGCUGAGAUGGAUAAACCUAAACAAGAACAAAAUAACCAACUAUGGAAUUGAAAAGGGAGCCCUGAGCCAACUGAAGAAGCUGCUUUUCUUGUUUCUGGAAGAUAAUGAGCUAGAGGAGGUACCUUCUCCAUUGCCAAGAAGCUUAGAACAAUUACAAUUAGCUAGAAACAAGGUGUCCAGAAUUCCUCAAGGGACUUUCAGCAAUCUGGAGAACCUGACCCUUCUUGACCUGCAGCACAAUAAGCUAUUAGACAAUGCCUUUCAAAGAGACACCUUUAAGGGACUCAAGAACCUCAUGCAGCUAAACAUGGCUAAGAAUGCCCUGAGGAAUAUGCCACCAAGAUUACCAGCCAAUACAAUGCAGCUGUUCUUAGACAACAAUUCCAUUGAAGGAAUACCAGAAAAUUAUUUUAAUGUGAUUCCUAAAGUGGCCUUCCUGAGACUCAACCACAACAAAUUAUCUGAUGCUGGCCUUCCUUCUAGUGGUUUUAACGUAUCAUCAAUUCUAGAUCUUCAACUGUCUCACAAUCAACUCACAAAGGUCCCCAAAAUCAGUGCUCAUCUGCAGCACCUUCAUCUCGAUCACAACAAGAUUAGAAAUGUGAACGUUUCUGUAAUGUGUCCUUCAACUCCUACCACACUGCCUGUGGAAGAUUCCUUCAGUUAUGGACCUCAUCUUCGCUACCUCCGUCUGGAUGGAAAUGAAAUCAAACCACCAAUCCCUAUGGAUUUAAUGACCUGCUUCAGGCUCCUUCAGGCUGUCAUUAUUUAA